AUGGAGCGAGGAAGCAGCCACACUGAAAACCCUGGGCCUGGGCCUGCUGGGGUGAAGACGAGGCCCUGCUCUAGGGGCUGGAGGGCUGCAGGUCUGCUGCUGCUGCUGCUGCUGGCGCUGGCAAUUGCAGGGGCUGUGGCUGGAGGGCUUCUUGGCUUCGCUCAGGGGCCUCCCAAGCCAUGGCUGCAGAUGCUCCGGCUGACCGUCCCAAGCCCCGAGGUGCCACGGCCCAACCAAACCAUCCUGGUGGACGUGGCCCAGAACGCAGCGACCGUCAUGGUGACACCACCGCACAGCAACCGCAGCUGGGUGGUGCUGUUUGACGGGCAGAGCGGCUCCAUCUGCUACCGCCCCAAGGAACACCAGGCCUGCUUCCUCCGCCUGAUGGAGGAGGGUGAUCGGGAGACCCUGCAGCUGCUGGUGAACAUGUCGAGGACCCAAGGGUCUCAGGACCCUGGCCAGGAUAUCCACCACACCCAGGAGCUGCUGGCCGUGCUUGGGAGGCACACGGUGGACCCUGCCCAGGUGGGCGCUUUGGUUCAGCACCUCUGUGCGGAGACCCCAAUCUACUGGGCCCGUCGGGCAGAGGGGCCCCAGAGGCAGCGGCUGAUCUAUCUCUGCAUCGACAUCUGCUUUCCAAGCAACAUCUGCGUAUCAGUCUGCUUUUAUUACCUCCCAGAUUGAGCCCCGGCCUGGCCCAGCCCAACCCCUGUCCCCAGUCCAGCGGGCCGGCUUGGUCACCAGCAGCGUGGAGAACAGCUGCCGGCUGGGACUAAUAAACCCUUCCACCUGGC